GAGAGAGACGUUCCCUCCUGCGCGUAAAAUCAAAGGAAGAUGGAGGUGGAAAUCCCCGCCGACGUCCCCUGCUCUUCCACCGCCGUCAAUUCCAUCAUUCGCAUGGGCACCGCUGGCUUAAUCUGGGGUUCCUGUUCUGGUCCAUACGAAGCCAACAAAUUAGGUCUUGCUGGCAUUCAUCGAGCUUCUUUUAUUGCUAAGUCAGUUGGUCGGUUUGGCUUUCAGUGGGGUAAUCACAUUGACUUCCCCAAGCUAAUUUACAUUAACCAAGACUGUUUGCUGCAAUAUUUUCUUCCACUCGCUGUGGGCUCCAGAGAUAUAGAAGACGAAAUGAUUGGGUUAAUGUUUUGACUGCUGGUGUAGUAGCAGGGGCUGCUUUUGGUGCAGGCACCCGAAACUGGAAGCAGGUUGCUGGAGCAACAGGUCUUGUGUGUCUCUUGUGUCAUGUUGCUGAAGACUCGAGAUAAAAUUUCUCUGAUUUACUUAAAAGGGACUAAAAUACUCUGCAGUAGUACCGGAAAUUGAUGGACCCUUGUCUCCAUCCAUACCAGUCUGUGCCAUACUAUAUAUAUCAUGUUGAUUGAGGAGCAUGGCGCAGUGGCAUGCUUCACGGAAUGGAAAACGAAAUUCACCUAAUUGAAGUUCAUACAUGAUUUUUUAUGUCGAUUUCAUAGGCCAUGGGUUAUAUUGCAUGUGUUUUAGGGAAACAAACCUAACAUAUGAAUUACGAGGCAAGUGUAUCUUUGUUACCGUCUUCACUAUAGGACAAUCAUAAUCCUCUAGGGGACAGUUGCUUGGAGUUGAUCAUAGGUUGGUUUAUCUACCUGUUUUUGAAUUACAGUAUAUUAUUGGGAGUAAAUCUAGAUAUGUAAAUCUUCAUCUCAAUUUCAUGAAUGAUUGUCUAGUUUCUUUA